AUGUCGUCGACGUCGGCCAGGGAAGACGCGCACCCGGCCGUCAAGGGCCCCAGCGCCCUGCGGUCCAUUUUGGCUGGGUCAACAGCCGGUGCCGUGGAAAUUGCUAUCACAUACCCGGCCGAGUUCGCCAAGACGCGCACGCAGCUCAAUCGCAGGUUAGCCGAGGGGCAGAAGCUGCCGUGGCCGCCGUUCGGCCGGCAGUGGUACGCCGGGUGCACUACUCUGAUUAUCGGCAACUCGGCCAAGGCGGGUAUUCGAUUUGUCGCCUUCGACCAGUACAAACGCCUACUCGCCGACAAAGACGGCAAGAUGACUGGGCCCCGAACAGUUCUAGCUGGCUUUGGCGCCGGCGUGACUGAGUCCCUGCUGGCUGUCACACCCACCGAGAGCAUCAAGACGACCCUAAUCGACGACCGCAAAUCCCCCAACCCCCGCAUGCGCGGCUUCCUUCACGCGGUUCCCAUCAUCGCCCGCGAGCGCGGCAUCCGCGGCUUCUUCCAGGGCUUCGUGCCCACCACGGCCCGCCAGGCGGCCAACAGUGCGACGCGCUUCAGCGCCUACACGGCGCUCAAGCAGCUGGCCGAGGGCUACACGGCGCCUGGCGAGAAGCUCGGCGCCGUCGGCACGUUCGCCAUGGGCGGCAUCGCGGGGCUGAUCACGGUGUAUGUCACGCAGCCGCUGGAUACCAUUAAGACGCGCAUGCAGAGUAUCGAGGCGAGGAAGUUGUAUGGAAAUUCUUUUCGGUGCGCGGCUAUCAUCUUUAAGCAGGAGGGCGUGUUGACGUUCUGGAGUGGGGCGUUGCCGCGGCUGGCGAGGUUGAUUUUGAGUGGUGGCAUUGUGUUUACCAUGUAUGAGAAGAGUAUGGAGUUUAUGGAUCGGUUGGAUCCGGAGAGGAAGUAUCUUUGAUCUCGUGGAAGGGAAAACGCGGACAGAGGGGCUGGGCGUUAUGGGUGUGCUUGCUGUGUUGGGUUGGAGCGGGCGAGUUAUACCCCCGAUUUGUAUGGUAGAUAAUAUGUGUAUCUGUACAUGUCGGAUCUUGAAGAUUUUGAUGCCGCC